CCAUCAAAUUCUUUAGUCAUAAUAAUUAUAGGUAAACACGUAGGUAAUAAAUGUUAUAAGCAUGCCAAUAAAGUAUGAUACACUACAAUUAUGAUCUAAGGUCAUGUCUAAAAAUCGUGUGUCAUAAAAUUAAAUUACCCAUGACGUGACAUAGUGAACCGAUAUUAGUAUUUUACUGCACUUUCAGCCUAUGUUGACCGAUCGUAAGUCGUAGGUCAAGUUAUAGUAGGUAAGGUAGUACAGCUACCGAUAGAAGUAGGUACACCGAUAGCUCGUAAUCAGCAGUCGGUCAAUGUUCACUAUUACACGAUCAUUCCGAUGGCGGUUGCCCGUGUCUGUGUUGUCAUUCGUCCAUCAUCACAGCCAUCCUUCGACACAAUCGAUCAUCAGUAGAGCUAGUAGCUCAAAACCUCGAGCCCGUUCGAGGAUGUCGUUGCCUCGUCUGCCAAUCGUCAGCAGUGUCUCGAUCAGAGAGCUAAGGGUGUUAGGAUGCAACCCUGGUUUCAUGACGCUACAGGGUACUAAUACUUAUGUGGUUGGCACGGGUGAGCGACGUAUACUAAUUGAUGCAGGAGAGCCAAACUUUCCAGAAUACAUAAAAAAUCUUCAAGAAACAAUGAUGAAGUAUAAUUUUCAACUUGAUCAUAUUAUAAUAUCACAUUGGCACUCAGAUCAUAUUGGAGGAGUAAAUAAUGUGUUAGAUAUGAUUACUAAUAAAAAUGAAUGUAAAGUUUGGAAGUUCGAUCCAAAAAUAGGUAAAAAACGUGAUUUCAACUUUCCACUUCAUAUUGUUGAGGAUAAACAAAAAUUUCAAGUUGAAGGUGCCACAUUAGUAAUUCAUCAUACACCUGGACAUACAACUGACCAUAUAGUUAUAUUUUUGGAAGAAGAUAAUGCCUUGUUCUCUGCUGAUAGUGUGCUUGGAGAGGGAACUACUGUGUUUGAAGAUCUAACAGAAUAUUUAAAAUCAUUACAACUGAUUUUAGACCUAAACCCAACAACUAUAUUUCCUGGUCAUGGCUCUGUUAUAAAAGAUCCAAUUGUUCGAGUAAAUAAUUAUAUUAAGCAUCGAUUAGAAAGGGAAAUGGAAUUAUAUAAUUUAAUUAAUAAAUCUCCAUCUGGAUCAUUGUCUGAAGAUGACAUUGUAAAUGAAAUGUAUAAGGUAAUUCCUAAUGAUUACAAGAAAGUAGCAUUGUAUAUUGUGAAAAAUCAUCUUGCUAAAUUAGCGAGGGACGGGAAAGUGGUUCUUAUUGAAGAUAAAUGGAGAAUUAAAAAAUAAUAUGUGAUAAAAUGUUUUUAAAAUUUAAAUUGUUAUAAUUGAGUAUUUUAUUUUAGUAUACAUUGUGUUAAACUUUGGUAAAUUUUAAAUAUGUAUAAGUUAGGUUAGAACUAGAGACCAGAAUUAUAUGGAUUAAAAACAUAUAAAAUAUGAUGCAUGAGUACAUUACUUAAGUGGCUAAUUAUGUAUUAAUAUAAUAUUAAAAUUAAUUAAUAACAAUGUUAACCAUGAACUGUAACAAAUGAAAUCAUUUUUAAAUAAUAUAUAUUUUAAUUAAUUAAAUAGAAUAUUUAUUUUAUUUGGGUUGUGAUAUCAUAUUAUAUUAUAAAAAUUAGUUUAUAUUUUAAAAUAAAUAACAUUUGUAUUUAUUUUUUUAGCAAUUUAUAGUUUUUAAAUAAAAUAAUAAUUGUGUAGACAGGUGUAUUAAAAAAUAUAUUUAAGUUUAUAAAAUGUUAAUUUAUAAUUUUUGUACAAAAUAUUAAAUGAAAAUCACUUUAUCGUUUAGUAUUUAAUUUAACAUUAUAAUUAAUAGACAUUGCUUUUUAUUUAAAUUUUUAGGUUUUGAAAACAUUGUAUUAUGUUAUGUUAUACACCUAUAUUAGUAAUUUAUUAUCAAAUUAUAGAGUUCAGUUUAUCAACAUCAACGGACGAUUAGUGCUUACAUCAUACAUGUUCUUAAGUCUUAACACAUGUACAAAUCUUAUCAAUGGAUCCGUUAGAUCCAAACAAAGACUAUUACAGUGUAAUAAUAUUACUUAAAUUAAUAUUUUUCACGUUGUUUAAGCAGAAUUGAUUAAUUCUUAAGUUUUGUGUUACUAAUGCACUGUGCAUAUAGUUGGUUUAAUGAAAAAUUGUGUAAAUUGAAAGUUUAAACUACAAUUUUGUUCAAUUUUUCUAAAAAUAUGUGCUUUUCAUAUAGUACAAUAAAAUUGGGACAUUUGAUAAGGAUUUAUAACAUUUGUAGUGUAACAUUAAUCGCCUGUAUUAAACCCACAAAAUAUGUAAUUAUGUGCAACGUAAAAUGUUGUCUAUAAAAUUGGUUACAUUUAAAAUGUUAAUAGUUUUGUAUAAAUAAGUAUUUGUAUGAAGAUGCAUAUUAUGAAUAUAAUUUUGAUCUCUAGUUAACUUAUAGUUAUUAUAGUGUGCGAGUUGAAAACUGAACUGUGAUCAUCACAUGCCAAGUAGUUGAUUUUUAUCAGGGCUACUUAAUUUUUUUUUUAAAUUAAUUUCAAACUAUGUAAAGAAGACUAUUUUAUCAAUUUUGAUUAUUUUUUAAAGUUAUAACAAUAAUAGUGUUUAAAAAUAAUAUCAAAAUAAUUUGUCGUCUUUUUUAGUAGAAUCACGGUUUUAAAUAGGUUAGGCCUAGGUUAGGUUCUGUUGUCACUUUAUCUACAGCAUUAUUUACCAAGACUUUUAUAUACAUUUUGAAGGUAUUGUUUUUUCAGUGACUUUACUUACUACUUGCAUUCAGAUUAAUUCAGUGGGGUUGUAUCUGUUGUAACUUGUAAGGAAGAAUUAUUGAAUGGUCCAUUUAAAACACAAAUUCAUCCAAUUUAUAUGUUUUUACUUUUGCUAUCAUCAAUUUGAUUUUUUCCAAUAGUUAACAUUAUGUUUUUAGCUCACUUUUCGCCUCAUAUACUUUUUAUAAUAACAAUAAAUUGAACAACAAUUUUAUUUAUAUAUUUUAUUUUACCAUAAUUUAAAAACAAUUUAUGUUGUAUUUUUUUUUAAUACCUAACUAGUGCUUCAUAAUUUCCAAGUGUAAUUUAUUUUGUAAUGAUAACUUUUUCUUCUUAAAUUUGCAUCGGUUUAUAUUUUAUACACUAUUAUUAUUAUAUUUAUAUUGGUCUUGUACUUUUAUCUUUUGAAAAUUCCAAAUAAUUUUCUGAACAUGAACAGGUAUACAUGAAUUACAUGUGAAAUACAUGUACUUUUUAUUUGGUUAGUAGAUUAGUUGUGUGUAGUUUUAAGUUGAAUUUUGUUAUUAUUGUUGCUACUCUUUUAUUGUUAGUUUGAUAGAAUUAAAAAAAAAAAAAAAUGUUAACUUGAAAGCUAUUUUAAGUUAUUCAAUUGCUUUAGUUGUCUCUUAAAGUUGUUCUAUUUAUGAUAUUGAUGGUUUGAUGUAUAAGAUGUAUUUUUUAAUAAUUAAAAUUUUUUAUUUACUUUAAGUUAAAUGUUAUAAGAUUAUUAUCGUGUAAUUCAUUUUUAUCUUUGAUCAUUUAGAUAGUAGACUACCUUCGUAGCUAUAGGUAUAAGAAAAAAUCUAAUUAAAUUUGUUGUCUAAUAAGGUAAUGUUAAAAUGGUUUUUAGUAAUUUAGUUAUGAUUGCAGUAGUUUUUUGAUUGAAACGCUCGUCAAUUCUUUGUAUUAAUGAAUCAAACACCGAAUACCUACAUUAUAGUUACUCGAAUUUUACCUUUUUUUUCCUAAAUAAGAACCGAUUUCUCUAAUUGCCAUCCCUAUGUGCGGUUAGUUUUCUAGCUUCAACUGAUGGUGUGUUUACGCCGUGUUCGAUCGUUGUUCGAACAUUUUGAGUUGUAUAUUUUAUUUUAUUUUUAAACAGUAAUAUUCAUGUACUUAUUUAUUAUACGUGUUUUCAUUUUAUACAUUUAUAUUUUAUUAUCUUAUAUUUUUUUCAUACUUGUAUUAAGUAAAAGUUAAAACUUUGAAUUUUUAAAUAUAAAUUUUGUAAAUGCAUAUUUGUUGCGUAUAUUAAUGAUUUUUACUGUAUAUUUUUUGCAUAUUUUAAUGAUUUUUACUGCAUAUUAUAUGGCAUAUUUUGAUA